AUGGCCAACGUCCAGGUGCCUGUUGUGGCCAUCGGUGCAUUUGGGGACAGUCCUGUCCAGAUGACCUGUCCUCACUGUCACCAGACCGUGGUCACUCAAGUUGACUUCUCCUCUGGUGUCUUCACCUACCUCUUCUGUGGAGGACUCUUCUUCUGUGGGUUUGUUCUGGGUUGCUGCCUCAUCCCUUUCUGUUUCGACCGGCUCAAAGACGCCAAGCACACGUGUCCCUCCUGCAAGACCAUCCUGGGGGUUUAUAAGCGCUUAUAAGCACAUAAUAACCUGCAGGAGUCUUCCGUGUCUUUUGGGAAGCUCGCUACAACAUUGUGUCUUGUCUUCUGAGACAAGUUGUUCUUCCACAACAGUCUGUUGUUUCUCACCACCCAGUAGAACUGCACAGCAGUUUGAAAGACAAAUUAGUUUAACUCAAUAGAACAAUUUAACUGUCACAGAAUGUUGUCAUUGACAGUGUCCCAUCCUGUCCCUUGCUAUGCAGUUAACCGUUGCCUUGGCAAUGGCAAAAAUGUACGACUUAAUUAGUUUAACUCAA